AUGACCAAUGAUAUCGAACGAGGCUACUCUGAGACGACAGUCAGGCCGACAUUUGCCUUGUCGGUUCUGACAUGGGCUUCUUCUUGGCGGGUUCUAGGAGCUUUCAGCCUGAAAUCUCAGCGCUAUGAAGCAUCGGGCUUGGGGAUCCAUACCGAAAGAGUUACAAUCGAAGAACGUCGAAAAGGAUACCCCCGAUUCUCAGCUUUGAUGGCCGGACAUAGCUCAUUUCAGAUAUACAGACGCUUCUCAGAUCUUCGAACGCGUCUCUUGCUUCUCGCUCAAGAUGAGAUAGCUGAGCUUGAAGAACAAUUAAACCACAUAGACAAGACAGAAAAGAGUCCUCUGUUCUUGGCAUCUCGCCGUGACGACAGAAACUCAGACCGAUCUGUGGUCACCACCAAACUACGUUCUGCUCUUUCAGCCUACGACCAGCUUCUGGAUGGAACUCAGCGGUCCCUGAAAUAUGAGUCACCUCAUGAGAAGUACGUUUCCAGUCUUCAACGGUGGCUAUCCGGGAAUAGCUGUAUUGCCAGAGUUGAAACAAGGUUCCUCAAGAACAGUGACGAUUUACUAUCUUUAUGCCCCAGAGAAGACGGUAUCGUAGCAUGGCUAGAAAGGAAUAUCUGCGAUAAGGUUGUCCGUCAUUUUAGCAACUCUGAGAAUGUUUCCAGCGAUCCUCAUGUUCAGAUAUUCUCUCGUUCCUCGACGAUGAGAGUCGCUCGGGCGAUCUUGAGCCCACUUAUUGUGUUUUUACUACUGGCGCCAGUUGUGAUUUGCAACAUGAUUGAUAGUCAAUCAGCUAGAUUGGCCAUCAUGAUAAUAUCAACGGCUGGAUUUGUCUGUUGCAUGUCUCUGUUGACGAAUGCCAAAACGGUUGAGUUGGCUGUAGCUGGAGCAACUUAG